AAACCGCCUGGCUCGAGUGCUGCAUCAUACACGCUAAAUACCAUUGUUGUUUGCCCCUCUCCGGCUGCAUUUGUAGAUGGAGGAGUCAGGAAAGCGGUGCGUCCUCGUCGCCAUCACCAUCGCCAUCGUCACCAUCGUCACCAUCGCCAUCUUCAUCGUCGCAGAGACGUGGCCCAGUCGGCAGAAUCCAGCUGGCCCACUCUGGAACGAGCUUCUGGGCCAACAAGCUCAUGGCCGUGGGGGCAGCAACUCGUCGGUCGCCUACGACAGACGUGGGCGGCGAGCUGGCGCUCUCAGUCACCGUCUACCACCCUUCAUCGUCGCUCUCUGAGCCCAUGAGCCGGUUUUUGGUGCUGGGUCGUCAGCCGCUCACGGAUCUGCGCGACGCCAUCCAGUGUUCUUCGGACCGCCAUGGCCAGGCCCUGGCCAAGUCGGGGUACUUUUUCAUCGAGGGCAUCUUCUACAACGACAUGCGCUGCCCCGGGGCGCUGGACUACAGCAAGAACAUUAUCGAUUGGAUGCACGAACAAGAAGGCAGACAACCGCUCGUGGCGAGAAGCAUGGACGGCGUACGGAUCGAUCAGCUCACCAUCCGUCUCCGAUGCCCGUAUCUGUACGCACACCAAGGCAAUUGCGAACACGUCCUCAUUUUCGACAGCGUCAGAGUGGUAUCGGGGGAUAUGCCGCGCGAUGCUCAAGACUACCCCGUUGUCGUCUUUACAACAAGACCACGGCAUCCAGGAUGCUACGGCUGCGAGAAAAGCCCGGCCCGGUGGAUAUCCUAUGACGACAUACACGCUGAUCGCAACCCGUUCAUGUGGUGUGAUCAUUGCUUCAACCACUUCCAUUUCAAUGCCAAUGGCUCGGCCAGCUACCAGCCAUUGCCCCACGUCGAGGAUCUCAGCACAGUGCCAGAGUGAUGGCUGUCCAUGCCAUAGCCUCCGCGUCACUCCGAGAGCGCAUAGCGGAAGGUAUAGAAUACCUCUGUGUCAACCUUGGACAUGCGUGUGUACUUUAGCAGCAGGGCGUCGAGCUUCUUGACGGAAGGGGCCAGGUCCGAGACUACAUUGAUGUGUAGCAGAAUAUGAGUCUACGCAGCAAGUGUCAGAGCGACGUGAGGUGCCGAACUCAUACCAUAUGGAAGCAGAUCCGAUCGGGACCACUUCUUUCUGAUCGUGAAAAGCUCCUCCAGUCGCUGCUUGGCUUCAAGUGAUAACCGGUCCUUCGGAAAGAACUUGA